UAGAACACAUUUGGAUGACUUUGAGCAAAGACUGAGAGCCAGGCCUUCUCGUCCAACAUCAGUGUGUAACCUCACAAAUAUGCUCCUGGAAAUAAGGUCAUGAAUUCCCAUUAAUUCACUCCUAAACCCUGUUGAAAGCCUUCCCACAAGAGUUAAAGCUGUUAUAGCUGCAAAAGGUGGACCGAUGUCAUAGUAAACCUUAUGUAUUAAUAAUGGGAUAUCACUUAAAUGUAUAGCUGGGUCAAGGCAGGUGAGUGAAUACUUUGGGCAAUAUAGUUUAUAAUAAUAAUACCAAUAUAUUAAUUCAAAAAAAUGUAAUAAUCUUGAAAAACAUUGUACGAAAGGAAUUAGCCAAUUCUUAAGUCAUUUUCUAAAAAAAAGAAUUUGAUCGAUACCUGCAUUAUCAUAUUAUAUAUAACAAACGUGCGUAUGUCUGUGUGUAUAAUUGUGAAAAUAAAUAGCCUACCCUUGUUUCUUUUUCAUUUUAAUGCCUGGUACCAUUAAAGGUAUAUUACCUGAAGAAUAUAUAAGCCAAAGCUUGAGAUUGCGAUCAUAUUGGUCGCAUAUACAAACUUUUUUCAGCUUGUGCGAGUGCAAACUUAAUCUUGUUGCGUUUGCGCGAGUGCAUGUUUUAAAUGUUGAAAGUCACCUAUUUUCCCACUGCAAUCUCCUCCUCCAAAGAGAGAGGACAACUUAAGUACCGCAUUUUCAAGACCAUAAGGCGCACUUAAAAGUCUUAAAUUUUCUCCCAAAUGGACGGGGCGCCUUAUAAUGUGGCGCGCCUUAUGUGUGCACCGAGUUCCAAAAUCUGUAAAUGUUGUGUGACUUUGAUGAGCGCUCCGCUUCACUGACUGGGAGCAUUUCCUGCCGACACACUGCUUAUAUAGAGGAAAGGCGGACGUGACUGAGGACAGCAUGAUGACGUUAAAGGGGGAAGGGUGCGUGUGAAAGAGGACGCUAACGGCACGCCCCCAGUAGGUAUAGAGCGCCGUAUGUGCAUUGUGCAAAACAACAUCGGUUUGGCUAAGGGCCACCGAAAAUGGCACCUACGCAGAGACACGCUUACGAAGCACAGUUUAAACUGCAAGCUAUCAGUUACACAGAGGAACGUGGGAAUCGAGCAGCCGGGUGAGAAUUCAAGAUCAACGAAUCCAUGGUUCGCAAGUGGAGAAAGCAGGAAAACGAGCUUCGCCAAGUCAAGAAGACGAAGCUGAGUUUCCGCGGAAACAAGGCGAGGUGGCACGAGUUGGAAGACCAACUCGAGCAAUGGAUUAAUGAGCAAAGAACAGCCGGGAGAAGCGUCUCUACAGUCACCAUCCGACUGUGGGCAAUAACGCUUGCAGAAGAAAUGAAAAUCGAACAUUUUCAAGGAGUGCCGUCUUGGUGCUUUCGUUUUAUGAAACGGCGCUAUCAAGGCAUCUAUCGCCGGGCGAGUUACGCCACUAUAUGUGAAUGGAUUGUGGAUGCCUGGGCUAAAGUAUCUGAUUUGACUGUUGUCCGAGCUUUCGCGAAAGCCAGCAUCAUUGCUGAACAGCCCCCCGGCAACGAGACUGACUCCGACAAUGGCGAGAGGGAACCCGGCAGGUUUGAUGGAGAACUUGCCCAGCUGUUCAUUUCGUAUACAGAAGAUGAGGACUUUGAUGGAUUUGUGGAUGAGGAUUGAUCAAAAAAUAACUGGUCCCUCACAUCACAGAUGCAAUCCAGGAAUGGGUGAUGAAUCAGUCCAAGGUUUCUGUGGACGGCGAUGGUGUGGAGCCUCAAGUUUGUGUUAUAGAGCUAGGGGGCACAGUGGGCGACAUCGAGAGCAUGCCCUUCAUAGAAGCCUUCAGACAGUUUCAGUUCAAGGUGAAGAGGGAGAACUUCUGCAACAUCCAUGUCAGCCUUGUACCACAGCCAAACACUACAGGAGAGCAGAAGACUAAGCCGACACAAAACAGUGUGCGGGAGCUCAGAGGUCUUGGCUUGUCUCCCGACUUGAUAAUGUGCCGUUGUACGAUGCCUUUGGAAACAGCUGUCAAGGAGAAGAUAUCCAUGUUUUGUCACGUGGAGCCAACACAGGUGAUCUGUGUGCAUGACGUGUCUUCAGUCUACCGAGUACCUCUGUUGUUGGAGGAUCAGGGAGUUGUUAGCUACUUCUGCCAAAGGCUGAACCUGCCUGUUGAGAUGAGGCCCAGAAAGAUGCUAUCCAAGUGGAAGGAGAUGGCCGAUAGGUCCGACCGUCUGCUAGAGCACGUUUCCAUCGCCCUGGUGGGAAAGUACACAAAGCUGUCAGACUCCUACACAUCCGUCAUCAAGGCCCUGGAGCACUCUGCGCUCGCCAUCAGUUACAAGCUCGAGGUCAAGUACAUAGACUCAGCCGACUUGGAGCCGGCCACUUUGCAGGACGAGCCGGUGAAAUAUCAUGAGGCUUGGCAAAAACUCUGCAGCUCUAAUGGGGUGUUGGUGCCUGGUGGUUUUGGUGUGAGAGGAACAGAAGGCAAGAUGUUGGCCAUAAACUGGGCAAGAAAACAGAAUAAACCCUUCCUAGGUGUGUGUUUGGGCAUGCAGCUGGCCGUGUGCGAGUUUGCCCGCAAUGUUCUCGGCUGGGAAGAUGCCAACUCCACGGAGUUCAACCCGGACUCCAAGUACCCGGUGGUGAUCGACAUGCCAGAGCACAACCCGGGCCAGAUGGGAGGCACAAUGAGGCUUGGCCAGAGGCGAACCAUCUUCAAAUCCCAAAACAGUGUGCUGAGAAAACUUUAUGGAGACGUGGACCACGUUGAUGAGCGGCACAGACACAGAUUUGAGGUGAACCCUGAGCUCAAGCACCACUUUGAAGAGAAAGGGCUUCAGUUUGUCGGCCAGGACGUGGCGGGGGAGCGGAUGGAGAUCAUUCAGUUGGAGGAGCACUGCUAUUUUAUCGGAGUUCAGUAUCAUCCCGAGUUCACCUCCAGGCCUAUCAAACCUUCGCCGCCCUACUUUGGCCUCCUGUUGGCUUCUGCUGGCAAACUCCAGAGCUACCUGGCAAAGGGCUGCCGCCUGUCUCCACGGGACACAUACAGCGACCGCAGCGGAGGCAGCUCUCCCGACGUCGACAUCGCCGAGCUCAAACUCCCGUCGUUGUCGUGAGACUUGGGCCGCCCCUGUGCCAACUAUUAGACAAAGUGCCACUCAAAACGUUUUUUCAGCCUAAUGGGUAAAAUAUACUGUUGAUUAUUUAUACUUUUCGGUGAAUGGAUAAAGCUUUGAGGGAUGUCUAAAGCAAAAUUUUUUUUUUUUUUGGAAAAGUUGUGGUUAUUGUGUAUGGUGUGUAUGACAAGCAGCAUAGUGUUUUAUCUCUGGGAUAGAUCAAAAGCGUAGUUUAUUACGCAUUUAGCUUUAAAAGUUUUACAUAAAUGAAUUAUUUUACAUUGAAUACAAUUGAGGUCAAAGACGAGUGUGUCUAUUGCAAACUACUGCAGUAUUUCUCCGACAUUCAGUUUUAUGUACAUAUCAAUGAUUUUUACAUUGAGAUUGAGUGUACUGUAUAUACAAAUGUUAUCCUCCUUUAUUAUCACUGACAUGCCUUUUGCAAACCUGUAUGAAAUUCCAGACGUGUAUAAAUGCAAAAACAAUACUUCAGAUUUCGUUUUGUCACCUCUGCCUUGAUAAAAUAAACGGCCUCAGCAUAA